GGGGGCGCGGCGCUUGGCCCUGCGCCGGACGCUGGGGCUUGGCAGGAGGAGCCCCUCUCCGCGCCGGGCUGGCUCCCCGACAAAAGGCCCAGAGAGCUCCGCACCCACCUCGGGGCCAUCUCCUCCCUUUGGCUCACCAAUGGCGGGUGACAUGGACCCUGACCACAUCCAGACAGCCUUAAGGGACUUCUUGCAGGAGCUGCGGGACACCCAGCGGGAGAGGGAUGAUCUGAGGAUUCAGGUGAUGAACCUGAGCCGGCAGCUGAGUGAGACGGAGCAGGCCCAGGAGCAGACCCAUGAGCGCAUCCUGCAGCUGCAGAAGUCACUGGCUGACUCCGAGGAAGGCAAGCGUGGUGCAGCCGGGCGCCUGAGCAGCAUGCAGCUGGCUCUGCGCCUACAGGACGAAGCCAUCCGGAGAGGCGAGAGGGAAAGCCAGAGCUUUGCGGAGCGCGUGGUAGGACUGGAGUGCAGCUUGCAGGCCUGCCGGGACAAGAACCGCGAGCUGGAGAGGAUGCUGCAAGCGCCGAGGUAA